AUGAGGCCCAAAGACGUGGCUUUCAUCAUCCUGUUCACCAUCUCGGGAGAACUCCACGCGGAAGACAAGCCCUGCGGCCUGCCCCGCGUGGAGAACGGGAGGAUCGCCGUCUAUUACUACACGUUUGAAAGCUUUUACUUCCCGAUGGCCGUAGGCCAGAAGCUGGCCUUUUCCUGCCUGGCCGGCUACACCACGGACGCGGGGAAGCAAGAGGACAAAACCGCCUGCACCGCGGGGGGCUGGUCCCCCGAGCCCCGGUGCUUCAAAAAGUGCUCGCGGCCCGCCCUGACCAACGGCCACGUCUCCGAGGCCAAGCUGCUGUACAGCGUCCACGAGAAGCUGCGCUACACCUGCGCCCCGGGGUUCACGACCCCCGCGGGGCUGGCCCAGGAGGAGGUGCAGUGCCUCGCCCACGGCUGGUCUCCGCCGCCGGCCUGCAGGGAGCAGCAGGACACAUGUGUGGCUCCUGAGUUACUUCAUGGGAAUUACUCCACAACGCAGACCACGGUCCGCCUCGGGGACAAAGUGCUGUACCGGUGCGAUGCCGGCUACCACACCACGAACGGACUGUCGGAGGAGGAGGCCGAGUGUCGCUCGCAUGGGUGGUUUCUCCCACCAUCAUGUACCAAAUCAACAUGCACCCCUUUAAGAUCAAUAGAAAAUGGUUAUUUUCGACCUGUCAAGCAAACCUAUGAAGAAGGAGAUGUCGUUCAGUUUUUCUGUCAUGAAAAUUAUUAUCUAAGUGGACCUGAUUUAAUCCAAUGCUACGAAUUUGGCUGGUACCCAGAAAUUCCUGUAUGCCAAGGAACAAGAACUCGGUGUCCGCCUCCACCCCUGCCUCCAGACGCCAAGUUUAAAGCCAACUCCCCCAAUUACCAGGACGGAGACGUGAUCUACGUCGAGUGCCAACUGAGCUUUAGGCUCCGGGGCCUCGAGCUGAUGCGCUGUGUCAACGGGAAGUGGACGGACCCUCCCAAAUGCCUCGAAGAGACGCACAAGAUCGCCUGCGAUCAGCCCCCCGAAGUGGAGAACGGGGAAGCCAACGACACCUCCGACACGUACUACAGCGGCGACCGCGUGACCUACAGCUGUUACACCGGCUUUGACCUCCGUGGCUCCAAGGAAAUCACCUGUGAACGUGGAAUGUGGACCAGCCCCCCGGAGUGUGUCGAAAACUUUGAGAUUUGCCAGUACCCACCUAAGAUAUCCCACGGGGCCAUUGCGGACAAGGUGUUGGAGAGUUACCCCACGGGAGCGUCCGUGGAAUACACGUGCAAUGAGUACUACAUCAUGAAGGGAGAAAAGACAUCCUCCUGUGACCACGGGCUGUGGUCCUCCCCGCCUCUUUGCUUAGAGCCGUGUGAGAUCAGCGAGGAGGCCAUGGAGAGAAACAACAUCGUGAUGAGGUGGGAGUACGAAGGGAAGGUCCUCCACGGAGACCUGGUAGACUUUGUGUGCAAACCGGGUUUUGAUUUGGCGCCAUCCUCCCCGUCCUCUGGGCUGUCUGCGCAGUGCUACCGAGGCCAAGUGCAAUAUCCUUUGUGCAUGAGGAAAGAAUCCAAAGGCAAGUGUGGACCACCUCCCCGUAUUGAUAACGCGUACAUUCUUAACAUAAGCCUCCAAGAUGUCUCCUUUGAAAGCGGCUCCUCGGUGGAGUACAGGUGUAUGAUGUUCUAUUUCCUACAAGGGUCUAUAUAUUCCUAUUGUGUCGACGGAGUGUGGACCGAGCCGCCCUCGUGUUUAGAGCCCUGCAAGUUAUCUUUGGAUGAAAUGGACAGGAAUCAUUUACUUCUGAAAUGGAGCUAUGACAAUAGACGACUUGUUUUCCAUGGCGACUACAUUGAAUUUGUCUGUAGAAGAAAUUCUUAUAUGACGGAGGUGUCUGCUUUUGCCGUGGAACUCAGAGUGCCGUGUGACAGAGGGAAGCUAAAAUAUCCAAGAUGCGUUCCAAGACGCAGGUAA